GGACACCCGACGUGUGGGGACAACGCUGCGCUGCCCUUAGGGACAGCGUGUGACACCCCAUCACGGACCACGUGUGGCACCCAAAGGGUGACGGCAUGCCACCCCAUCGAGUCACCCCCCGUCUUGGGGACUACGAGUGCAACUCUUUCCUGUCCCCAAGGGGAACUGAGAGUGGCUCUGUGGCCACUCCCUGUCCCGCUCACUCUUCUGCUCUCGGUGGUGGUGGGACAACUGGGUGCAGCCUUGUAGGGCCUCCCGGUGCCUCCCAGUGCCUCCCAGUGCCUCCCAGUGCCGCCGUCCCCAAGCUGCUCCUGCCUCAUGGCACCAAUGGUGGUGGCUUUCGUCCUCAGUUGGUGGCUGGUGGCACGCAGCAGGGCGCAGCACCCACGCCAACCCUUCCUCUCGCUGCACCCCAGCAACGGGGUGGCCCUGGGGGGCAAUGUCACCCUGCGGUGCCACCUGCCCCAGCCGGCUCUCUGGGUCCUGCUCUGUCGGAACGAAGUCUGGAUUCUGUACCAGUACAGCACCGGGGAGCAGAAUACGACCGAGUUCUUCUUUGGGGACGUACAGCGGGAACACGCAGAGAAGUACCAGUGCCAGUACAAGGACAAGGGGACAAUGAAGUUGUCGGUGCUGAGUGACCCCGUGGAGCUAGUGGUGACGGAUGCCAGCUUCCCCCCUCCCGGGACGAUGCUGAGCCCUAGCGGGGGCGUGGAGACGGGGACCAACGUCACCAUCCAGUGCUGGGCAUCCCACGGGGCCACCUUCCUCCUGCAUAAGGACGGGUGCUCCCCCCCCAGCCAGCGCCAGGACCCCCAAGAGCAGGACAUGGCCACCUUCACCCUCCCCGGGGUGACCCCGGCCGAUGCCGGCACCUAUAGGUGCUCGUACAUCCCCCAUGGAUACCCCUUUCUGUCCUCGCCCCUCGGGGACAAGGUGACGCUGGAGGUGACACCGGCUUCUGGAGCACCCCGAGGCACCGAGGGGGGGCCCCGGAGGACCCUGGUUGUCGCCGUGCGGGGGGGCUGCGCCGCCACUGCCGCCCUCGUCUUCAGCCUCGGCCUCUUCUUCCUCCUCAUCGCCCGGAGACGCCGGAGAAGUGCCUCCCCCCAAGGGCUGGGGGCCACGGAGCUCCAGGUGCCCCCCCGUGGCCCGUGGCCCCAGGAGGACAGCGAGCGCCUGACCUACGCGGACCUGCGCCCCCCGGCCCCCGGCCCCCCGCGGGUGCUCGCCGCCCCCCAGCCCCCCAUUAUCUACGCCCAGGUGGGCGCUGGGGGAACCCACUGA